AUGGUAUUCCGAUUUCCCAAAACCCUCGACCCGAUCACCCUCUUCCACUCGCCGGCCGUCCCGGCGUCGAAGCGCGUGCUGACCCUCCUCAAACAAGCGUCCGCGACAGCCUCGGAGACCGCAACAGAGGACCAAGCCUCCGACACGAACAUCCACGCCGCGAAGCAGCGCGGCGAGUUCCAGCUGCAGGUCUCCACGGAGGCGCCCACUACGGACCAGGUGCGGAGUAUCCUUGAGUUUGUCGCGGAUGCGCAGGCCGCCGGUCGGACGUCGUAUGCUGCCGGGGAGGUUGUUGCGGGGGCGAGAGAUGCUGCGGAUGCCCUUCGCAAGUUCAAGGAGGACCAGUCCAAGUUCGCGCGGCCGAUUACCGUCGAUUGGACCAAUGGACGCGCCGUCGUCGGUGAUAACGAGUCGGAGAUUCUCAAGAUGGUCAGACAGGCCGAGUGA